CUUCUACGAAGUUUCUCAGGUAGCUAAAGGAGUCGAUAGUUAGAAGUACAAGUGGCCUUAAAAUGUUGUAAUGUCUAAACCACUGAUAUACAUAAGCCCUCAAUCAGAUAUAUUGCCUGGAGUCUCAGGUCCCCAGACCAAGGCCUUUAAACCUUACGGCAUCUGUUUCCCACUCUGCAGCCCGGCAAGAUGGAUGAUAUCAAUUUACACUACAGAUUCCUGAACUGGCGACGCAGGAUCAGAGAAAUCAGGGAAGUUCGUGCUGUUCGUUAUCAAGAGCGAUACAAACGAAUGCUGAAGAACGGAGACACGCUAAGUUACCAAGGGAACUCUGAUGAAGUUGGCUGCUACGUGGCUCCACGCCCCUUAUCAAAAGGAAACUGUUACUUUGAGGUAACCAUUUUGGAUACAGGAGUAAGGGGAACAAUUGCUGUCGGUCUGGUUCCUCAGUUUUACAAACUUGACCAUCAGCCUGGCUGGCUUCCACACUCAAUUGCUUAUCAUGCUGAUGAUGGGAAGCUGUACAAUGGCAAUCCUGUCGGUCAGCAGUUUGGUCCUAAGUGUAACCGUGGCGACCGCAUCGGUUGUGGUAUCUAUGCACAGACUUUUGAUGCCGCCCUUGUCACUGUGUUUUUUACCAAGAAUGGAAAGGAGGUGGGUUCAGUGGUGGUCCCCGUGGCUAGAGACGGCCUCUUUCCAGCUAUUGGCAUGCAUUCUCUGGGUGAGGAGGUGCGGCUCGACCUGCAGGCAGAAUGGGGUUCAGAGGAGGAAGACAGCAUCAUGAUGGUGGACAGCCAUGAAGAUGAGUGGGCGCGCCUUUAUGAUGUCAAAGUCAGCGGCACGCUUCUGGAGUAUGUAGGGAAAGGAAAGAGCAUCAUGGAUGUAGGUCUGGCUCAGGCCCGACAGCCCCUUACCACACGCAGUCACUACUUUGAAGUGGAGAUCGUGGAUCCAGGAGAGAAGUGUUAUAUCGCCCUGGGCCUGGCAAGACGAGAUUACCCAAAGAACAGGCACCCGGGCUGGAGUCGAGGUUCUGUCGCCUAUCACGCAGAUGAUGGGAAGAUCUUUCACGGCAGUGGGGUUGGAGAUCAGUUUGGCCCGCGCUGUUUCGAGGGCGACAUCAUGGGCUGCGGAAUCAUGUUUCCUCGGGACUACAUGCUGGACUUUGAAGAUGAAAUCGACGACUGGGAUGCCGUAGAUGUACGACCGAAGCAAGGACGUGUAGAAAACUUGCUUUAUUUAAACGAUGAAGAUGAAGAAGAGGGAGAUGACCCAGAACAAGAACACGAGGGCCGGAAAGUUAUGGUAUUCUUCACCCGAAACGGCAAGAUCAUUGGCAGGAGAGAGGUGGUGGUUCCGGACGGGGGAUUUUACCCCACUAUCGGGAUGCUUAGCACUGGAGAGAAGGUUAAGGUGGACCUGCAUCCGCUCAGCGGCUAAAAGAGAACCAAAGCAAAUCAAGUUCAAAGUUCCAUCCCUGAUUCCUGCUGUCAGCAAAUCAGCUUCGACUGGACUAACCUGCAAGUGCUCGAAGAAGUGUGGAAAUUAUUUCUUUUUAUGACUUUCUUGUAUUCGAGCCACUUAAAAUGCAACAUAUUAACACAUGUAACACGUUCACAUCGGUGCAUGUUCCAUCGUAGAACUAAAACUACAGCGUUUCUCAGACUUUCAUGACUCUUUACUUCUUAAUGGUUUACUGUGAAACCAUACUGAGGGUUAUGGCCUGGACAUUUAAUGUUGGGCCUCGGAAAAGCUGUUUAUCUAAAGACGGAAACAAUAUUGUAUGAUGAUAAAUUUGGUUUAUUACAAAUGGAUAGAAAUCUAUAUCAACCUAUAUAUUUUUAAUGUACGUGUACAUAUGUAAAUUUAUGUACUGGCUGCUACCCAAACAUAUGUACUGUAUAUUAGAGAACAGAGCUAAUCGGGUACAGCAUGAGAACGCUUAAAAUCUCACAUACAUGAUGGAGUAAGGAAAAAAGCAAUGGUUAUAUCACAAUUUUCCACAAACACUCCUAGUGAUGAAUCGCACAGAUGAAUGAAUCUCGACAUUGGUGACUGUGUGCUGUGGUCAUUUUUUACUCGUUCUGAAUGUCACAUUUAAUCAAGUGCCACAUUUGCUAUUAUUCCUGUCUGAAACUGAGCAGUCAAGGGACGGUGCCAAUAAACAGCGCAGAGCAAUUGCUAAAUUUGAUGUCGGCGGAGACUAAGCCUAUUGUCCCGAGAUGUAUAUCUUACUCUCUUGUGUCAUGACGUACAUUGCAAUUCAGCAACUCCAGACCAGAGAAAAGACAUGUUGAGUAGUCUACUUUGAGUCUUAUAAAUAAAUAUCUAUAAAUGCAGCCUAACAAAGCAAUUCGUUCUUAUUUAGUUUAGUGGGUUUUGCCAUCAGGUCUCGGUUUGUAGACUGUUUAUCAGAUUUUGCAGGCAGACGCCGCACUGGAGUCUCAUUUAAUUUAGUCAAAAACAUUGAGCUGUUUAUACAGACAUCAUCCGCUGUAAUGUAACUUGUCUUCUUCACAAAUACCACGAGCACUUUAGAGAUGGCCAAACUUAAGCGGAGAGGCCGAGCGGCUGUAAACCUUGCUGGCCUCUUUGACAUCUGUACGGAUGCUGGUUUGUACACCUUACUGUUGUAAUAUGUCCUGUCUGUUCUGUCCUUUUACAUAUCACACGUGGAACAAAAUGUUUCAGAGAUGUACAUUGCCAAAUUUAAUGUCUAAUUUUGUCCCCUUUAAAUUUCUCUUAAAAUGUCUUCAUAUUCGUUGCAUAUGCAAAUCUCAUUAAACUGUUCUUUGUAUUGCUUUGAGUUCAGGUGUCUCUGUUUCUUAACCUGUAUUUCAUUACGAGCUGAAUGCGAGUAAGCAGGCUGUUCAGAAUGGAAUGCUUGCAUGAUUGACAAAUGUUUUAAAGUAUGCAAAAAAUAAAAGUGUAAAAUGGUGGUGUUAAUA